AUGUCGGAUAUCGGCAGCGGAGACGAGGGGAUUUCUAGUCAGAAAUAUCAUGGUCAAGGAAUGGACGCGGGUGGGAACAAUUUUGACUCCGGUCAGCAGCCACAAGAGCAGGAGCUGGCGACAAAAAUGCUGCAAAUCCAAUCGAAACGGUUCUACCUGGACGUGAAGCAGAAUCGCCGCGGCAGGUUCAUCAAGGUCGCCGAAAUCGGCGCGGACGGUCGGCGCAGUCAGAUAUUCUUGGCGAUGUCGACAGCGGCCGAGUUCCGCGACCACCUGUCCAGCUUCAGCGACUUCUACUCGUCGCUGGGGCCACCCAACCCCGACAACGUGCCCGAGGACGGCAAGCUCAAGUCAGAGAUGAUGCUCAAGGACAAUCGUCGGUACUACCUGGACCUAAAGGAGAACUCGCGCGGUCGCUUCUUGCGCGUGUCGCAAACGAUCACGCGCGGCGGCCCGCGCUCACAGGUGGCGCUGCCGGCGCAGGGCAUGAUCGAAUUCCGCGACGCGCUCACCGAUCUGCUCGACGACUUCGGUACCGAUGACGGCGGUUUCAAGGGUGAACUGCCUGAGGGUCGCCACUUGCGCGUCGACAACAAGAACUUCUACUUUGACAUCGGACAAAACAACCGCGGCAUCUACAUGAAAAUCAGCGAGGUGGUAACAUCGUUACAAGUGAAGAGUAACUUCCGCACGGCGAUCACAGUGCCGGAGAAGUGCUGGACGCGGUUCCGCGACAUCCUCGCCGACUACUGCGACAAGAUGUGCCGCGCGCACCAUCCGGAACACCAUCCCGUAUGUACAGUAGACACCACAUCUCGAGAGCUAAUACGGGCUAAUACCAGAUAAUAAACGAAAAUGUUACAGAUAUUUUUUUCUGGUAGUGUUUUAUAUACUGUUACGUAAACAAUAUAUUGUUACCUAAAAUAUUUCUUAAAUAAAUUAUGAAAAGAAAAUUUUAUACACGUUGUCACGUGACUGCAAACAGCGCGUGACGUCACGACUCUCUUUUCAUAUCAGAACAUAGAGAAUUGAACCUUAUGCAUACAUAGAAUGAUAUUAGUUUAAGAUGGGUGUGACGUCAUAACGACGCCAUGACAGAAGAUGGCGUUUUCACCUGAUAUUUUGAAAAUAAAAUUUAUUUUCAGAUUUUAACUUACAUGAUUUAAACU